AUGCCGAAGCGAACUCGCUCCUCGAGAAAGCCUCGGCCGCGUCGCCGUCGCCAGGCUCCGCCCACGAUCGUCCCCCUUUCCGCGAGCGAGGAUGACGACACGCAGGACGAGGCCCCCAUCCAGCGACGCCGGUCGCCACCAUUGAUGGACGUGGACGCGGAGAGCUCGGAUGGCUCGAUCGUCGAGAUCGAGCAGGAGCUCAGCCUCACGGCUCGCGUCGAAGACGAGGAGGAGGACGGCAACGGUCUCUUCGACGAGGCUGUCGGUGUGAAUGCCGGAGACUCUGCCCACGGCCGGGCUGAUCGCCUGGAUGAUGACGAGGAAGACAUAGUCAAAGACCAGCAGGACUAUCUGGGCGAUAUCGAGGAGCCGAGUGGAAGCUACGAUUCAGAAGAGGAAGAGGAAGGCGUCGUGUGCGAUGGCAUUCCCAGCGACGAACACGCCGACGCGGACGACGAGAACGAGCUCGAGCUCGUUGACGAAGAGGACGAUAACGAUGCCGUCUUGCAGCGCAUGGCGAGUCAGGUCGUCGCCGCUGCGGCAAGCUCAGACGGUGAGCGUUGCACCCGAAAGGCCAAUACCCGCUCCGAGCUUUCACGAGGCGGCCGUCACGCCGAGCUCGAGAAAACCAUCGCAUGGCUUCUCGACCCGGUCAAGCGCCUCGAGGUUCGAGAUAAGCAGUUCGCUGACUUCGUCGACCCCAAGUUCCGAAUUACGAGCGAUGUGCCAAAGAGCACCGGCAAGCUCUUUUUGCGCAGGAGGGCCGAGAAGUUUGUUCUUCUGUACAAUCAAUAUCGCAUCGUCGCAAACCUUCCCGAGGUCGAUGAGCACCUCCUGAGGGUGUUCGAGCUCUUCAUCACCGACCUCAUGAAUUGCUUCGACCAUCCGAAGGAGGUGCCCGGAUGGAACCCCUUCGCGGCUUUCGCCGACCUGGUCGAGGCGGGCGCGGUCGUCCGCACGCCGGAAGCUGUCCGCGCCUGCAGUCGUCUCACUCUGGGCGCCGACUGGUCCAAGUUCACUGACGCCGACCGGGCGCGUGUGGGCGCCGAGCUUACCGCGCGGCUCACGCUCCUCCACCAUUGGAGGAUGGCCGAGAUCAACGAUCUGUUGGUCUCGUGGGACGGUAAACUCGAAAGCCUUUCCACCUGCGGCCUGUGUGGGACCGACGCCUGGGAGAUCUACCUCCUGACAGUGCCGCUCGCGCUGCUUGAGCACGGCACCAAGUACAUCGACAAGGAGACCCCGAGCGACACCUCCUCCGGCUCUGAGCACAGCGCCGAAGACGACAGUGACAACGAUCUCGACGAUCUCGACGAGGACCAGCACGAGCAGCGUUCAGAAGCGUCUGAACGCGACGACGACUUCAACUUAGAUCCGAUGCUGAACUACGUUCCGCAAGUCUUUCGCGAUCUGGAAGAACCCCCUCGGCCGCCUACGCGUGGAAUGGCUCUGAGCCAGAAUCUGCUCAAGAACUACGGUCCCAACGCACACCUGUUGCGAGUGGUAUCGCUGGACGAGUUUGGCUCGGCCGAACAAGAAAACGCUCAGUUCAAGGUGUGUCCGGACUGCGGCUUCCGCUUCGACGGCGGCACGAUCAAUCCGUCGUCGAAGUUUUGGCGCACCAUCGAGCGCGCCAUCCGCGUCGCGCGCGAGCAGAUCAGUGCGGUCCAAGAGUUCAUCGAGCUUCCUCGAGCAUAG